GCUCCGCUCUCACGUCCACUCCCAGAAUACACACAGUACUGCGUCCGAGUACUGCGUCCGUGUACUGCGUCCGUGUACUUCUACUACCAGCCCGUGUACUUCUACUACCAGCCCGUCCUCCCGUGAGCCCGAGCAGCGCAGCCUCUCCCCGGACUCUCUCUGCGGCCCGCCUCAGCGCCUCUGUCCCCCGAGUCUCUCCGCUGUCCACGCCCGCGGUGUGAAGAUGUCUCUGUACCCGUCUCUGGAGGACCUGAAGGUGGACAAAGUCAUGAGGGCCCAGGCUCACUUGGCUCAGUCCACGCCCGCCCCGAUGCCCGCGCUCCCAGAGGGCACCUACCAGGCCCUGCCCAUGAGUGCGCCCCCUAUGGGUGCACCUGCCAUGGGUGCACCUGCCGCCCUGCCAGCCUCCACUCUUUAUCCAAACCUGGACGACCUUGGAGAUUACAUGGGUUUGUGUCUGAACAGUGAAGAGGUGCAGAAGAACCUGGCUCUGGUCCCAUUCAGCGACACCGUGGCAGUGCCCUUCUCUCCGUCGGGGGGCAUGGUUCGCCCGGUGACCGGGUCAGACGUGGGCAUCAGACGGGCAGAGAUCCGACCCGGACUGCGGGAGGUCAUCCUGUGUAAAGACCAAGACGCCAAAGUGGGUCUGAGACUGAGAGCCAUCGACAACGGCGUCUUCAUCCAGCUGGUGCAGUCGAACUCUCCGGCGUCUCUGGCUGGUCUUCGUUUUGGAGAUCAGGUCCUUCAGAUAAAUGGUCAGAACGUGGCCGGGUGGAGCGUGGACAAAGCUCACAAAGCUCUGAAGGCCGCCGCCGAGACCCGGAUCGAGAUGGUGGUGAGGGACAGGCCGUUCCAGCGCACCGUCACCAUGCACAAGGACAGCUCAGGACACGUGGGCUUCAUCUAUAAAAACGGUAAAAUCACGUCUUUGGUCAAAGACGGUUCUGCCGCUCGGAACGGGCUCCUGACCGACCACCACAUCUGUGAGAUCAACGGGCAGAACGUCAUCGGACUCAAGGACUCUCAGAUUAAAGACAUCCUGAGCACGUCUCCCAGCGCCAUGACCAUCACCAUCAUGCCCAAGUUCAUCUACGAACACAUGAUCAAGAGGAUGUCCACUGGUUUGCUGCGGUCGGCCAUGGACCACUCUGUCCCCGAGGUCUGAGGAACGAGAGAGAUCUGCUCCUCCUCCUCCUCCCUCCAUCCCUCCUCCUCCCUCCAUCCCUCCUCCAUCCCUCCAUCCCUCCUCCUCCAUCCCUCCUCCUCCCUC